UAUCAUACUUGAAUCGCCAUUCGAACUCUCAGUGCCUUAUUCCACGUGUGUGACCCCUUUCGCCGUUGCCCAGCUCAUCCACGUGCCGACAUGUUCCGAUCGAUUAUUUUUGUGACAUUGUUUGCGGUUUGUUUCGCCGGAAUCAUCCACCACCGGCAGGACGACGAAGAGGUUGCCGAAACGGAGCAUCAUCACAAUAUCGAGCACAAGCAUGCGACCUCCCACCAGAGCUUCAAGUUCCACCACUUCCAUGCCGUGCCGGUUUACGUGAAAAAGGAGGACCAGCAGUUCCUGAAGCACCCGGUCGAGGUGUCCGGUAUCAAGCAUAAUUUGAAGAUUGUCCACCCCGAAACCGAGCACCACCACGGUCACGGACUAACGCUGGAAAACCACAGCGAGUUUGACAGCAAGCUGCACGGAGGGCACGGAUACGAUCUGGGACAUGCCGGAUCGGAACAUAUCGCCCAGGACUACAGCCAAGAAUACGAGCACCACUACGGGGGCCACCAGCUGGAGGAACAGGACGACAGUUAAACUGGAACCACACUGGCUUGGAUUUACAAAAUUUUCUGCCAAAAGCUUGUCGGCGUUUGGCAUAUUCCUACGCGAAGAUUAAGGUGCCAGCAUGGUGGUGCCCCUCCAAGUUCCAGAUCGUUGUUAUCGUUCCGGUGAUGGCGUGAAAGGAAUCGUAAAUGUAUACAUGUGAUAUAGUCAGUUAUUCGAUAAGUAUUGCUCUGUUGUAUUAUUAUUAUACAUUAUUCGACUGAUGGAUAAUUCCAUUUUGAUUAGAUGAAACAUGUGUAGUUGAAAUCAUCCGUUGUUACAUUUUGUUUUUGUCAAUUAAUUUUGUUACAAAUGAAAGAGUAAAAAAAAAAUAAUAAAAGAUAUAAAUAAAAAAAC